AUGGGCCCGAUCAAUGACCGCCGUCUCCUCCUCCUCGCCGCGGUGGCUCUCGCCGGCGCUGCCGUGGACUCCGUGACGGCGCAGCCGGGCAAAGGGCCGGACUACUUUAACCCCAAGAACUUCAACCCGUCCAUGGCGAUCGUCAUGGUCGUGCUCGUCACCGCCUUCUUCCUGCUCGGCUUCUUCUCCAUCUACCUCCGCCGAUGCGCGGGGCCCCCGCUUGGCGGGCCCGACGACGACGGCGAGUACCCUGUGGGGCUGGGGCGGGUCGGGACCGUGAUCACCUACGCGUCCAGGAGGAUGCGCGGCCUCGACCGGGCCGUGCUCGACUCCUUCCCGACCAUGGCCUACGCCGACGUCAGGGCGCAUAAGGAGGCAGGCAAUGGCGCUGAGCUCGAGUGCGCCGUCUGCCUCACCGAGUUCGACGACGACGACACGCUCCGGCUCCUGCCCAGGUGCGCCCACGCGUUCCACACCGACUGCAUCGACACCUGGCUCGCGUCGCACGUCACGUGCCCCGUCUGCCGCGCCGUCCUCGACCCCGCCGCGUUGGCUGCUGUUCCGGCCACGGAAGUCAUCCCGCCUGUCGUCCCUGUAGCGCCGCCGGACCAAGCCGACGCCGCUGAGGCUGCCGCUGCCGCUUCCGGGGAGACAGAGACAGAGGACCAGAGGGUAAGGAGGGAGGAGGCCGCCGAGCUGAUGCGGAUUGGCAGCGUGAAGCGCGCGCUGCGAAGCAAGUCGGGCCGGCGCCCCGCGCAGUUCCCGCGCUCGCACACCACGGGGCACUCGCUCGUCGCGCCGUCGCACUCGCCUUCUUCCAGUUCCACCUCGGACUCGGAGCGCUACACGCUGAGGCUGCCCGACCACCUUCUCCGGGAAGCCGUCGCGGCGGGCCACCUACGGCGGUCUGCGAGCGUCCAGACGGGUGGUGAUGGUGACGGGACGACCACGCGCCGCGCUGGAAGGAGCGUCCGGCUCGGCAACUCCGGCCGGUGGCCCAAUAUGUCCCUCCUGGCGCGCACCUUCUCCGCGAGGCUGCCAGUGUGGGGCUCCGCACGGCGCGGUGAGGCCGACGCGCCAGCCAAGGGUGCCAAGUUCGCCGGCGACGACGGCAAGGCCGUGGAGCAGUGCGACGGCGGAGCUUGCUCGCUUGGCGCCCAUGUUUGA